AGUCAGUACAGCUCCUGUGCGGGAGCUUGUUAGACAGGAUAGACAGAGAGAUGGGAGACCAGGUUUCGCCAAACUGGGAAUGAAGGACGCGUACAGCUCAGGAAUGACAAUUUAAGAAAACAGACGAAAUGAUUACUGGAACCUUUUCACGGAAACUGAGCAACAAUUUGAACAAAAUUCGACUUCCUCAACAUACUAGAACAUCGUUUUUUGCUGACCGUAGACUCGUCUUUAUUGAAGGAAUAGACACGGUAAAGUUUUUGCAGGGACUGGCUGCAAACAAAGUCGUUGCCGGAGAACCGAAAUACAGUGCAUUUUUAAACGCCAAGGGACGGGUUUUAUUUGAUGCAUUAUUGUACCCUCUGGAUUUAAGACAGAGAACUCAAUUGGUUGAUAAUGUCCAAGGCCAAGGAGAUGCCUUUGCUAUAGAAAUUGAUGCAACCCGUGCUGCUGCCUUUUUGCAGCAUCUUCAACGAUUCCAACUUCGAGCAAAGGUCCGACUAGCCCCAGUGGAUCCAAGCCGUUGGUGCGUGCAGGCAACGUGGAACGAUACACGAGAGGACAGCAGCGAUGAUGGCCUCGUAGACACUCGUGAACACUUGAUAACGUCUCCGUUGACACAGUUGUGGGAUCCUCGCUUUCCCGAGACGAACAACGUUCGACGAGCCAUUGUUCCUCCUACAUCUGCACCCGCCCAAGAACUUUCUAUGGAAGCAUACAAAGCUUUUCGCAUACAGAAAGGUGUUGCUGAAGGACAAAGGGAAAUUAUAAGCGGAGAGGCAUUUCCUCUCGAAAGCAACUUCGAUAAGCUGCACGGGGUGCACUUUCAAAAAGGCUGUUAUCUUGGUCAGGAACUGACAUAUCGAUCGUACCAACGAGGAACUACUCGUAAACGCAUUCUGCCCUUUCAAUUGAGCAAGCGUCCCGAUGACUUCUCAAAAAGAAUAUCUUAUUCGUCGAGUCCUUUUUCGGUGCCUGCUGCUAAUGAAUUGUCGCUAUCCGAAGCAACGGGAACGGAUGCUUCUACUCAGACACGGACACGAAGAGGCCCUGGUCGUGUUCUGACAACUCAAGGAAACAUAGGUCUCGGUUUGAUUCGUCUUGACUACAUAGAUCAAGUUCUUCGUUGGGGAGAGCUCUUCCUGAAACCAUAUCGUCCACCGUUCCUUUUGGACGACUGAUUCGAGAGUGCGGAACCACUCAUCUAUGUCCUAGCAACCAUGAGAACGUUGUUUAAACCGUUCUGUUGCUCAUUCAAAAAUAGUACGACGAUCUUUCAAGUCAAGGAAUGACCCGUAACAUCUCUAAUAACGACACACGCAUGGUGUAAGAGAAAUACCAACAGUUAUUAAUUACAUAGUUUUGUUAUUGCUACUAUUACUACAACUACUACAGUCACCGCAUAUUCUAUAUUCAGCUCUAUCAAC